AUGAAAGAAUUUAUUCGUCUUGCUGGUAAUUAUCCAAAUGAAAUUGCUGGUAUUGAUAUUUAUGGUGAAGAGAAUGAUUGUCGAAAAUAUUUACAUGAAUUUUGUAAAUAUACAAAAAUCUUACAAUAUUAUCAUAUUUCAUGUCAAGCAAGCAUGAAUAAUUACAAAGAUUUACAAUCAGAAUUAAUCAAUUAUUCUAUAACAUCAUUUUCUCGAAUGGAAUAUAAACAGAACUUAUCAUUGAUUUACAGAAAUUUAUCUGAAAUAAUAUUUAUAAAUUUUUUUAUCUUAGAUGAAACAAUUAGAUGA